AUGCCUGGCCAACAAGUUGUAUACCUACUGAGCAUCCGAGAAGAGCAUCCAAGGAAAUCUAGAGUGAUUCUUCAAGAAAGUAAUUUAUAUCCUGAAACUCAACCGGAACAAACGGGUAGAACUUCGAACACUAUUUCACCGAGCCCAAGCCUUCGAGAAUAUGAGCGGACUCUGACACCGUCUCAGCUAAGAUCUUCUCAAGAAGAAAUGUUCAAAAAGCCAACAAUAAACAAUAAUAAAACUCGGCAAAGAAAUAAAUUUUAUCGUCGAUUGAUUUAUUUGUUUGGCUGUUCAUUCAUUACAGUUAUAAUUUUAUCUUUAAUUGCUUGUAUUAUUGCGCUUGCUGUCCCUCAGAAGAGUACGACAACAACUACGACUACGACUACAGCUACAACUACGACAACGACUACAAGUUCCACAUCGUCGACAAGCUCGACAUCAACAUCAACAAGCUCCACAACAUCCACAUCACAAACAACAUCAACAACAACAUCGUGCACAUCAGUUCCUUCCAGUAAUUUAUUACAAAGCAACGGUGGCAGUUCAUGGGCUCUCUAUUCAUUCAAUUAUACUGCGUCAACUACAGCUCCUACAUUAACAUUUGGAUUUACCAAUGGUGGAGCAGACACAAAUUAUUUGGAUACUGUAUCUGUUGUUAACGUUAAUAUACCUUCAAUUGAAUUGAUUCAGAAUCCCGAUUUCGAAAAUUCAACAGUAGCAUUAAAUGGUUGGACUACAUGGUGCACAUCUGGGUGUGGUAGCGGAAACGAAGGUCAAGUAUCAACUAGUUCUUGCCAUUCUGGCAAUUGUUAUAAGGACCAUUGUCAGCAUCCUAUUUACGAUUACCUUGCCCAAUCAUUUUCAGCAACAAUUGGUGACACAUAUACAAUCUCAUUUUGGUUAUAUCAAAGUGGUGGCGGUGCCGGUAAAUUUUAUGCUAACAUUGAUGGUUAA